CCUUUUAUAUCACAUCUCUCUUCCUCUUCCUCUCUCCCUCUAGGAUCCUUCAACAUCAUCAAUGGCAGACCGUCCUCAACCUCACCAGAUCCAGGUCCAUCCUCAGCACCCCUAUGGCGGCGUUCAACACCAGUAUGGCGGUGCUGGUGGUAAGAACGUCUACUCUCAGCAGCAGCACAACAGAGGCCCCUCCACCAGCCAAGUUCUCGCCGUUCUGACACUCCUUCCCGUUGGUGGGACCCUGCUGGCGCUAGCCGGAAUUACACUUACCGGAACCAUUAUCGGGCUCGCCGUCACCACCCCGCUUUUCCUUAUAUUUAGUCCGGUUCUGGUUCCGGCGGGCCUUACGAUAGGCCUUGCCGUCGCGGCGUUUCUCACGUCUGGAGCUUUUGGGCUGACUGGGCUGUCUUCCCUCUCAUGGUUCUUCAAUUUCUUCCGGCAGGCCACCGGAUCUACUGGGUCAGUGCAAGAGCAGCUGGACCGAGCUAAGAAGCGUAUGCUGGACGUGGCCGAGUAUACGGGCCAUAAAACCAAGGAUGUGGGCCAGGAGAUCCAGACCAAGGCCCAAGAAGGAAAGAGGUCUGAAGGAGUUAGAGAAAAAUAGAGAGGUUUUUGAGAGGGAUCGUGAAAAUGGGUGGGGAAUAAUGUAAAAUUUCACUGGUUUUUUUCUUUGAAUGUUUGUGCUGGCAUUGUAGCUUGUGCAAAUGUGUCUGUUCCAGGUAUUUCUUAGUGGAGUCUAUUAAGUGGUUUUUGUAAUUUUCUUUCUUUUUGUUUUGGCACAGAAUUUUAUAUGUCAGAAGAAUUUGGUCUA